AUGGAUGAAAGUAGAGUAACGAAGGAAGUAUACAGAGCGGAUAUAAAUGGCGCCCUAGACGGACAUAUAGAAUUGAGACUAUGGAACGGCUCUCUAAGCUACAGCUACUGGCACAAACCUGGCGUGAUCAGGCUAACGAAGGUCUACAUCUUCAACGUAACUAACCCUCAGGGGUUCCUGGAGAACGGAGAGAAACCGAAGCUGGUGGAAGUCGGGCCUUUUGUUUAUAGCCUGUAUUCGUCCACUGCUGGACAUAGGCCUCUCCUAUGGCACGCCACUGAGCUCGGUCUUCAGCUCUUCUCAUCCAACCACUGCCAGCCACCUUGCAGAUGUCGUCACUCCACCAAGCUGGAGGUCGUCCUACACUGCGUUUGCCCAGACGCGGUCUCCACUCUAGAACACGUUUACCCUAACGGUUAUCCGUUCUUCGACAAAUGUGACCGGCCCACUGCCACUUCAGCUUACUGGUCCUUUGGGCUAUGUCGGUGGAUCGGUUUAUUAUACCUUUGA